GAGAAACCCCAAAAGAUGCGCUGUGUGCGGUGUCCGGGUGCCAGUGCGAAGCUCAAUGCGAAGCAGGUGAGUUGAGGUGACUCAUGGCCGGUUAUUCCAUGAGGGGCGUCUCGGUGAGUGUCGGUAUGUGUGUGUGUUUGUGUGUGUGGUGCAGGGUGUGUCUGAGGGGGAGCCGGUGCUGUCGACUGAUCACCGUAAGACGCCCGCACACGAGAGAGACAGGGAGACACUGUUGGACAGACACCCUCGCAGUCAAUCGGUGGAUGCACUUGUGUUUUCAUGUGUGUCUGACUGUGCAGUGUUUUCCUCUCCCGGCUACAAAGACAACAAGACCCUCAUCGCGAUAUGGGGCAGUGAGCAGCCACACAUUACACACGGACCUGCGCAGGCCAAAGAAAGAGCGACACACAUCGUGUACAUGGCUGCAGAAUGGCCGAGUUGCCCGCAUCCGCUGAGUGUGGAGGCCAACCGGCUGGAGGAGAUGGAAGGCAGCACCGCCACGCACCCCGACCUCCCCCUCCCAAGCCCCGCGGCCUCUUCGCUUCGGCCUCUGGUGAUCGAGGGCCUGGCCCACCACCGAGUCAAGCAGGUGGCCACUGGGACCUCUCACCUGCUGUUCCUCACAGGUGCGUGGGAGAAAUGCUCCACGAAUGGGGCUGUGUGUGUGUAUGUGUGUGUGUGUGUGUGUGUGUGUGUGUAGAUGUGGGGAAGGUGUAUGUGUUUGGGUAUAAUUUCUACGGGCAGCUGGGUCUUGGCACCACCCUCCCCUUCGCACACACGCUCCGGCCACUGCAGCGGCUCCCCGUCAUCCAGCAAAUCGCCGCUGGAGACGCGCACUCAAUCGCCCUUUCCGACCAAGUGGGCGAGAGAGACACAGACAGACAGACACACACACACCGACAUACAUACACCCAUCCCUCCCUCACGAAUGAAUGGUCAGGGGGAGGUCUUCACAUGGGGGUGUGGUGACGCCGUUGGCUUCAGCGACGGUCUCCCACGAGCAACCCCCACUCUGCUGGACUUCGCCCCGCCCCCGGAAGACCCCGCAAACGACGCCGCAAACGACACAAACAACGAGAGAAUCGACGAGCGGUCCCGGUCGCAGCUGACCGAGCACUCGCCCGGAAUGAAACGAAUCGCCGCUUGUGGCCGCCAGAGUGUCGCCAUCACGUCGUCGGCAUUCGGGACGCUGGAAUGGGUGUAUGGCUGGGGGGAGCUGCCCAUGGGGGUGUGGGAGGCCACACCGAGACCGUUGCUGAUGUUCCAGGCGGGCAUGGGGAAUCGUCUUGAGGAGAUCGCUCUGGGACGGCACUUUGGCCUUGUCAGGACGGGUGGGAGAAAGAGAGACAGACACAGAGCCUGUGAAGAUGGAUGGAUGGAUGGAUGGUGAGUGGGGUAUCGGUGUCACCACUCACUCAGGCCGUGGUGAGGUCUUCUCCUGGGGCGACGGCAGUUACGGCGAGCUUGGCCGGCCAAGUGAGGUCCAACAGACAGCCACAUCCCUUUUCCAAUCGGUGCAAGACGGAAACGGUACAUAGCCACACAUGGAUGGCAGGCUGACGGGCAUUCCGCUUCAGCUGUGUCGGUGUGUGCAGACUCAGGAUCGGUGUUGUCUGCGGCGCUGGUGCAUCUGCCGAGCGGGGCGGGCAAGAUGGACUCCAUCGCUGCGGGAGGGAGACACGCACUCAUGCUGGGACAUGACGGCCGGUACCUGUCGCAUUCCCUCAGGCCGUCAUUGAUUCACCUGUGAUCGUGUGUGUGCAGGGUGUGGGCGAUGGGCGACAACACUGCUGGCCAGUGCGGCGUCAAUGUCGCCGAGCUGCAGCUCACUCAGCCGAAGGUAAGCGAGUCUGCCUGUCUGCUGGGACAUUCAGCUUCCUGUGCCUCUCUGUGUGGUGUCUGUCAGUGUGUGGCGUCCCCUUCCGUGAGCAGCUGGGAGGCCAAGGGGCUCCGUGUAGCCGCGGGGGGCAGACACUCGGCAUGCAUCACUCGUAGGCGCAUGAUACCAACCAAGAAAGAGACACACAGAAAGGUCCUCCGUGUGGGCGCAGAGGACCAUCGGUUGCUGGUGUGGGGCCAUGCGUCUCACCACAAGCUGAUCUACACAGCCACCCCGGCAGCCGUGCCGCCGCCGUCAAUGACACCCGGUGGGCGGGUGAAUCGGCCGGUCGUUUGACGGAUCCAUGAGAGAAUGGUGUGUACGUGCCUGCAGGUGUCUCUGUGCGGUCGGGGCUGAAAGAAUGCUCCGUCAAGGUCAGCUGGCUAUCUUGCUUACAUACCGGCUGCGUCGCCUCUGCCCGUACAACUGUGCUACGUGCGAUUUUCAGCCUCGGUUGGUCUUUUCGCUGCUCCACCGAAAGGUGCAGGAGAUAUGGAAAUGGAUCCACUACACACAUAUGUGUCGAUAUGUUAGUUGGCUGUUAUGUGUGUCAGGUGACUGAUGUGGUGCUGGGGGAGGACUUCACCGUGGUUGUGACCGGGGAGGGAGAGGGCAAGUGAGAUACCUACCAGCGGAUACUCACUGGGGGCUCUUUGCCUAUCAUCGGACCACCCUCAUUGAGACAGGAGACGUAGAGACGGGCUUCAUGGUUAUGGGGAAGCUGUCGACUUUCGAGGCGCAAUAUCGAUGACUGCAUCAUGACUGACUCUCAGAUCACACUGUCGAG